AUGGACGGGAGGCGACGCGAGGCGAUCGUGGAGACCGCGCGCGAGGGCUCGAGCGAGGACGAGGGAGGACGGAGGACGAAGAGACGACGGAGGACGAAGAGACGGGACGCCGAGGCGGCGGCGGAGGACGAGACGGGGGAAACGGUGGAAGACGGCGAGAUCGAGGGCGAGCGCGCGACGGAGGCGAUGAUGACGACGACGAUGAUGCGACCCGCGGUGGAGGCGGGGGGGGCGGAGGGAACCGCGCGCGCGUCGUCGUCGUCGUCGUCGAGCGACGACGAGACGCCGCGAGACGACCAGGAGAACGAAGAGGUGCGAAAUAUUCUGCGACAGCCACGAUAUUUCGACGACGAUUACGAGGCCGCGGCGCUGCGGUGCUUUCGUUGCGGUCAGGGGGGGCAUCGCGAGGCCGAGUGCGAGCUCCCAGCGAAGAAAAAGCCGUGCCACCUUUGCGGGUACAAGUCGCACGUCGCACGGGACUGUCCGCACGGUUUGUGCUACAACUGUCUGACGCCUGGACAUCAGAGCAGAGAUUGUCCGUACGUCCGCGGAUCUGGACGCGACGCGCAGGCUUUAUGUUGUCUCAGAUGCGGAAAGUCCGGGCACGUCGUCGCGGAUUGCGUCUACAGGUUUGACGCGAAUGAUUUGGCGCAGAUUCACUGCUACGUGUGCGGCUCAAUCGGGCACCUGUGUUGCGCGCCGCAAGACGCGUUACCACCGGGUGUCCCGACGUGCUGUCGAUGCGGUGGUAAUGGUCAUCUCGAUCUCGCUUGCGCGCACGCCAGACGCGGCUUCGGCGGUGGGUCCGCGCCAGAGUUUUCGUGCUUCCAUUGCGGCGAGCGCGGUCACAUUGCGCGAGAAUGCCCGAAAAAAGACGAUGGUGACAACGCCCGCCCAUCAGGGAAUUUAUCGCACGCGCCACAAACGUUCCACAUGGGAUCGGUCGGUACUUGGCGUGGUCCUGGCGGUGGACGAGCGGGUGGACGAGGCGGCGGUGCGGCGGCUUCUCGAGGAUAUGCCGCAAAGUACGGUGGCAAUAAUAACCGACGUCAGACGAACACUGGAACCAAUUGGCAGGGCGGUGGCGGAGCUGAACGAGGUAUCGGUGGGGGUUGGUCGGGUCGAGGAAGUGGAGACGGGUUCGCAGGAGGUUUUCCUCGUCCUCAAGGACAGCGGAAACGGUGGUAA